UGUACUUUUCAUGGUUGUGGCUUUCCCUGCCUGUGGAGCGGGAACAACUGUGGUGACGUAUGAUGACAGCCUCACGCAAACAGUGCAUUGUGGGUCAAACUCAAGAUGGCUGCGCCCUUGCAGGAGUGCUGAUGAAGUGGUUCUGUGGUGAAUUUCUCAGGAUUGUGUGUGAUUUUCGUGAAAUCCAGUGCCCAAAACUGCCUGAUCGCCACCGGCUUUUGGCAGUGGAGCGUACGAGUGGACUCGUCGUUAAGUGUGUGUGGUGGCUCGCGUGGCUGUGGCUGACUCUCCGUGUGAAGAUGGGCCUCGUCUCCAGCCCCUUCCCAUAGCGAAGAGCCGUGGGGAGAGGAGCCACAGAUUCCCCUGCAAACACGCACCGGUUCAACUCGGAUUUGACGGCUUUGACAUACUGUACAGACUGUGGACGCUGUCUUACAAUUUUCUCACCGGAAUUGUUUGUGCUACGGUAUCUGUCAUCGUCCGUAGACGAAGAGCUUCCCCAGCCCGAGCAGAUCGUCCCUCCACGCCGAGGGUCCUGAUGAAAAUGGAUGCAGACUUAUUACACUCACCAGCUGUGGGCUUCGCUGAGGAGGAGGCAGACAUGAAUGACUGGGAGCUGCCCCUGGCCUUCAUGAAGAAACGGCACUCAGAGAAGAUCGAGGGAUCCAAAGCCCUCGCGCAGAGUUGGAGGAUGAAGGACAGAAUGAAGACUGUGAGUGUAGCGCUGGUGUUGUGUCUUAAUGUUGGAGUGGACCCUCCAGAUGUGGUCAAGACAUCACCCUGCGCCAGAUUGGAGUGCUGGAUUGAUCCUCUGUCGAUGAGUCCACAGAAAGCCCUGGAGACCAUUGGGGCCAACCUGCAGAAGCAAUAUGAAAACUGGCAGCCAAGGGCACGUUACAAACAAAGCUUGGACCCCACAGUAGACGAGGUGAAAAAGCUGUGCACUUCACUAAGACGAAAUGCCAAAGAGGAGAGAGUCCUCUUCCACUACAAUGGCCAUGGGGUUCCCCGGCCCACUGUCAAUGGAGAAAUUUGGGUUUUUAAUAAGAAUUACACCCAAUAUAUCCCGCUGUCCAUCUAUGAUCUUCAAACCUGGAUGGGGAGCCCUUCCAUUUUUGUUUAUGACUGCUCCAAUGCUGGAAUCAUUGUCAAGUCCUUCAAACAGUUCGCACUGCAGCGAGAACAAGAGCUGGAGGUGGCCGCCAUCAAUCCCAGCCACCCUCUCGCCCAGAUGCCACUGCCACCUUCCAUGAAGAACUGUAUCCAGCUGGCUGCCUGUGAGGCUAGUGAGUUGCUGCCGAUGAACCCUGACCUCCCUGCGGACCUGUUCACUUCCUGCCUCACCACACCCAUAAAGAUUGCCUUGCGAUGGUUUUGUAUGCAGAAGAGUGCCAAGUUGGUGCCAGGUGUGACAUUAGACCUUAUUGAGAAGAUCCCUGGCAGGCUAAACGACAGGCGCACUCCCCUUGGUGAACUCAAUUGGAUCUUCACAGCCAUCACCGAUACCAUUGCCUGGAAUGUGCUGCCCAGAGACUUGUUCCAGAAGUUGUUUCGCCAGGACCUUCUGGUGGCCAGCUUAUUCCGCAAUUUCCUAUUAGCAGAGAGGAUAAUGAGGUCAUACAACUGUACACCAGUCAGCAGCCCUCGUUUGCCUCCAACCUACAUGCAUGCCAUGUGGCAAGCCUGGGAUCUGGCUGUGGAUAUCUGUCUCUCUCAGCUGCCAACCAUUAUUGAGGAGGGCACUGCAUUCAGGCAGAGUCCUUUCUUCGUAGAACAGCUGACAGCAUUUCAAGUGUGGUUGACAAUGGGUGUAGAGAACCGGAAUCCUCCUGAACAACUUCCCAUUGUACUGCAGGUCCUCCUGAGCCAAGUGCAUCGACUUCGGGCUCUGAACCUUCUUGGACGCUUUCUGGACCUUGGACCUUGGGCUGUCAGUCUGGCCCUGUCUGUUGGAAUCUUUCCAUAUGUGUUGAAGCUGCUCCAGAGCUCAGCCAGAGAGCUACGGCCGCUGCUGGUUUUCAUCUGGGCUAAAAUCUUGGCAGUGGACAGUUCCUGUCAAGCUGACCUGGUCAAAGACAACGGUCAUAAGUACUUCCUCUCUGUGCUGGCUGACAGCUACAUGCCAGCUGAGCAUCGGACCAUGGCUGUCUUCAUAUUGGCUGUUAUUGUAAACAGCUACAGCACAGGACAGGAAGCCUGUUUGCAGGGUAACCUAAUAGCAAACUGCCUGGAGCAGCUUUCGGACCCCCACCCACUGCUUCGCCAGUGGGUAGCCAUAUGCCUGGGUCGCAUCUGGCAGAACUUUGACCCGGCCCGCUGGUGUGGCGUUCGUGAUAGUGCACACGAGAAGCUAUAUAGCUUGUUAUCUGAUCCAAUCCCUGAGGUGAGGUGCGCUGCUGUCUUUGCCCUCGGUACCUUUGUGGGAAACUCAGCUGAGAGGACGGACCACUCGACCACCAUCGACCACAAUGUUGCCAUGAUGCUUGCCCAACUCAUCAACGACGGCAGCCCUGUGGUCCGCAAGGAGUUAGUGGUAGCAUUGAGUCAUCUGGUGGUCCAAUAUGAAAGCAACUUCUGUACCGUUGCCCUUCAGUUCAUAGAGGAAGAGAAAAAUUAUACGGUGCCGUCACCAGCCAAUACUUCAGAGCCUGGUAACUUGACUCCAGUAAGGGACAGCCCAGCCAUCCCACGUCUCCGAUCUGUUAACUCCUACACCAACAUUCGUGCCGUUACCACUGCCCGCAACCUGAACAAAAGCCUACAGAACCUCAACCUCAGUGAAGAAGGUGGACCAGUUGCUUUUUCACCUGGAAACCUGAGCACCAGUAGUAGCGCCAGCAGCACCCUGGGAAGCCCCGACAAUGAUGAGUACAUUCUCUCCUUCGAGACCAUCGACAAAAUGCGACGAGUUUCUUCUUAUUCUUCACUCAAUUCCCUCAUAGGUGUGUCCUUCAACAGUGUCUACACUCAAAUCUGGAGAGUGCUUCUCCACCUGGCUGCAGACCCUUUUCCUGAAGUGUCUGACUUGGCCAUGAAGGUCCUCAACUGCAUUGCAUACAAGGCUAUGAUGAAUGCUCGCCCUCAAAGAAUUUUAGACUCUGGAUCUCUGACCCAGUCAGCUCCAGCCAGCCCCACCAGCAAAGGGACGCAUAUUCAUCAGGCAGGCGGUUCUCCUCCCAUGCCCAGCACCAGCAGCUCAAGUUUGACCAACGAGGUGCCCAAACCCCCUACCAGAGAUCAACCUUCCACGCGCCCCCCUUACACACCCACACUUGGAGGACAGGCACCUCAUUCCCACCAGUUCCCCCGCACUCGUAAAAUGUUUGACAGGGGACCUGAGCAGGCCGCUGAGGAUGGGGAUGAGCCUUGUGGUCACAGAAACUAUAUCAGUGCUGCUCUACAAACAGGUCUAUGUGAUUGGAGUGCCAAGUAUUUUGCUCAGCCAGUCACAAAGAUCCCAGAAGAGGAUGACUUGCAGAGUCAGGUGAGGAUGGAGCGGCAGUGGAGAUUUCUGAGAAAUGCUCGCGUCAAAAGGCAAAGCAGAAGCAUCACACAGAGAGGUGUUUCUCGACUGGAUGAUCAAAUAUUCAUCAAUCGCAACCCUGGUGUUCCCUCUGUUGUCAAGUUCCACCCCUUCAACACCUGCAUCGCUGUAGCUGACAAGGACAGCAUCUGUUUUUGGGACUGGGAGAAGGGUGAGAGGUUGGACUACUUCUACAACGGCAACCCUCGCUACACCCGCAUCACAGCCAUGGAAUAUCUGAACGGGCAUGACUGCUCAUUGCUGCUCACUGCAACAGAUGAUGGAGCCUUGCGCGUUUGGAAGAACUUUGCUGACCAGAAGAACCCAGAGAUGGUGACUGCGUGGCAAGGCCUCUCUGAUAUGCUGCCUACAACCAGAGGUCAGCCCUCCACCAGCGCUCACAGUCUAGCCAGAAGGGUCUCCAUCUAUCUUGAUAGGAGUAAGCAAGGCGGUGCUGGCAUGAUCGUCGACUGGGAGCAAGAAACGGGUCUCCUCAUGACGUCCGGAGAUGUCCGAGUGAUUCGAAUCUGGGACACUGACAGAGAGAUGAAGGUCCAGGACAUCCCGACGGGAGCCGACAGCUGUGUGACCAGCCUAUCGUGCGAUUCUCAACGUUCCCUCAUCGUCGCCGGCCUGGGCGACGGCUCUGUUCGAGUCUUCGAUAGGAGAAUGGCUCCAAACGAAUGUCGCAUCAUGACCUACAGAGAGCACGGCGCCUGGGUGGUUAAAGCGCACCUUCAGAAGGAGACUGACGGACACAUAAUCAGCGUUAGUGUCAAUGGAGACGUGAGGUUCUUUGAGCCCCGCACGCCAGACUCCGUUAACGUGCUGCAGACAGUGAAGGGGUUAACAGCGCUCGACAUCCACCCGCAGGCUAACUUGUUCGCCUGCGGAUCAAUGAACCAGUUCAUCGCGGUUUAUAAUGCCAACGGCGACGUGAUCAGCAACAUCAAGUACUACGACGGCUUCAUGGGUCAAAGAAUUGGGGCCAUCAGCUGUUUAGCCUUCCACCCCCACUGGCCUCACCUGGCAGUGGGUAGUAACGACUACUACAUGUCCAUCUACUCAGCCGAGAAAAGACUCAGAUAACACGCCAGCGUUCAUCUCUCGACACCUCACACCCUGCCCACUCUGACUUAAGAGACCCUGACCCAGGUUGUACAUCACGUUGUACAUAGGCAACCCCCCUCCCCAUAUGUUCCAGUCUUGGCUGCUGACAAACACAUGUUAUUAUAAUGACGAUGAUCCUUGUUUAUUCUUCAUAUAAAGCUAACGAUUGUAGACUUGGCAGUGCUGAGGAGUUUGUAUAUUUAAAUAGAAAUGAAGAGAGGUUGUAUUUUCAAGAAGCGGUACCCGCCGAUCAUCCGGGGCUCUUCCUCGCCUCGCAACGAGCGCCACUACCUGUAUUACCUUUGAACCUGACCGCCAGGCGAAGGGGGUCGCACUGAGGGGCACGCACGUGCACGAGGAGCGGGAAACACGGACUCCUGAAUCCCCUCAAAAGCUGCGCCGGUUGGAAGGAUCCAGACGCUGAAGUCAUUUUUGUCCCAUGCAUCAUGAGGCAAAUGUAGUAUGUGUGUGCGUGUGUGUGUGUGUGUGUGUGUGUGUGUGUCUCACUGGCUUUUAUGCCCACCCACGGGCUCCCCCAAGCCUCGCACAUAAGAUCAGAAAACCCCUCUAUUGUGAGCUCAUUAUUUGUCCCGCUUAGUGUGCCAUUUUUAUUUUGAAGGUUUCCGUACAACGCAGCAACUUGACAAGAAGCCGCUAUCUUUUUCUAAAAUUCAUGGACUGAGCACCUCAAAAUUCCUCCAUAACAAAUUAAUGAUAAAACAAAGUAUGACUUAUGAUCAUGUCCUUUUCGAUUGCCCACAUUGCUCUUCUCACAAAUAAUGUUCUAUUUGUGCUAUUUAAGUCUUUUUUUUUUUUUUUUUUUUUUUAGGUUGGAGUGGGGGGGCGCAAGUGACGAAGUCAAAAUGUAGCAAAGUGUGUAGGGGUAGACUUGGCGAGAACCUUGGAAGAUUGUUUUGCUCGUACAAUCUUAUUUGUGAAUAUUGUUCGCCGAAACUUUUCCUUGUUAGCAGGCAAAUAGGAAUGGUCAAGUGUGACUGUGGACGUUGGUGCAAUAAUUAAAAUUGUCAGAAAACAAUCGUUUCAUAUUAGUCGUGUCAUUGUCGCCAUUUAGCGUAUUUCUUCAAACCCCGUAGCAACUGUAGCUAUGGAUAGUCUCGCAUCGUCUGCCGUAGUUGAACUAAGAAACGAGUGAAACCACGAGCCGCCACUACCUUUGACACAUUCGCUUUCACCUGUACGUUCACUUCAUGUGUCCUCUGGGCGAGUUCAGUGAAAUAAUACUUCUCACGUUAGGUACAUUUUGAGUAAUCUUUUGAAGAUCGCACUCAGUUUACAGGGGAAUAGAUGAGCCGAUAAAACCAAACUUAAUUCGUAAAAACCCAAUGUACGUGGCUUAUUCCUAACAAACGGUUAGAUACCAUGUUGCAGGCUAAUCUACAGCAUGUAGAGUACUGUUCUAUCUACUCAAGUCUUUGAAUAUUCACAGCUUUUUCAUGAUAUUUUCGUAACUCAAAAUGAGAAUUUUUGACCUUGUAAAAUCUCCCAAGAUAUGAUUGUAAAAGUUAAAAAAGGACUAGCUUUGUGGGUCAUCGAUAGCAUCCAAUAGAAUGAAUUGUGUAGCAGCAAACUGCAUCGUUGCACACAAGUUUUAGGCAAAUUUCGAUUCAAAUUUGGAUGUUUUGUUUUUUUCUUUUUUUUUUUUUUACACAUAAUUCUUGCUACGUUGGACUGAAGGUUGAAGUGGUCGUUCCAGCCAGACUCUGCAUUAUGACGUAUUUUCAUUUUUGGGGGGAAAUCUUGUCACGUUGCUUCUGUAAGUGUAUGUGCAUUAUGUUUUUCCCCCUAAAAUAAUCAUGGAAGACAUGUCUCCUUCCUUAAUAAGUUAAGAGUGUAAUUGGCCAAACCUCUUCCUAUUAAGAACAUACAAAUUAAAAAAAGGUAAAAAAAAAAAAACCUUAACACUCGCAUUAGGCUACAGGUAUACUCAUUUAAAUGGUGCAUGCUAGAGUCACUUGGUCACCUCAACUGUUUGAACUGUUUUUCCGUCUUUUUUUUUUUUUUAAACUAAUGUUUACUUGAAUAAGUGAAGUUGUUCAGGUUUAAUUCCCAAACCUCACUCAGGUACCUAAACAUUCACCGCUAAAUAAGGAGGACCCACAUUUCCCGAACAGUGUGCCUCUUCAAGUGUGUGUGUGUGGGGGGGGCUCCGGCUUUGCUUUGAUUUUGUUCUUUUUCAUUUUGUCUCUGUUUUGCAAUAUUGUUUUAAUUCCGCUUGUAUUUUGUGUGCCUUGGUCUGACUGCGGUAGAUGGAAAAGAAAUGCUAAAAGCCUUCGUUUCAUACACACACAUGCACGCAUGCACACACAUGUUGUAACUCCAUCUCCUUCCAAUCCAGUUCCACUUUCAACUCUUCCUACCAGGCACCCCAAGAACUUAUGGGCUGCAGGCGAACUUUCCUUGCAUCCGCACAUGACAGUAGUAGCCACUGAGCUCCUUCUCCCUGCGCUUUAGGGUCGCGCACACUCCGCCACGACUGUUUUGGCACGGGACCUUGCAUCUAGUUUUAAGAUUUGACCCCAGAAAACCAAGAGACUUAAGGUAGUGCAAAAGGAACAGUGAACAUAAUCAGGUUUGGCUCUGUGACUUCCGCCUGUGUUGUUGUCUGGUUUAUGAAACUGGAGAGGAAAUAAACCAAAUACAACA